AGGGAGGGACGGAGGGCUGGAAGGGCAGGGCAGCCGCCGGCGGGUAGUUGUCUUUUUGUCCCCGGUGUCCGGCGAGCCUGGUGUUGGGGGGAGUGCAUGCGGCGCCGAAGCAGCGUGCGGUGGUGUUCCCCCUCAAAUUUGGCACCCUAGGCUGUAAAUGGUAACCAGGCACAAAGCAUACGCUUAGGGGAGUUUUUCCUCGUAUGUGUCGCUGGAGGGUGGGAACUCUCCAGCUCUCUGGGCAAGGACACAAAAAUAGGUAAUAGAAAGUAGAGUUUUGCAUGUGCAAAGGCCGUUGUGGAAAAAGGGAACGAGUUGAGAGGUGGUAAUCAGGUAGAGGUUAAAAUACAUUAAGGGAAUGAACUGUGAGAGGAGGAUGUAGAAAAGCAAAGACAGAAGGAUUAUUAAAACCUUUCGUCUUCAUAGAGUGCUUUGGAGGGGAGUUGAGCCCCUCUUUCAGAAGUGUUCCAAAGCCUACUAAUACACUGCAGUAUUACAGGAGUUCUGUGUUUUAUUAGGUGAUUAUAGAGGUCCAAGGAGUCUAUGCAUUUAAUAUAUGUUUUUUCGAAGUCAUCUAAUAUAGCUGCUCUGUAGUUGUGAAGAACUUUCCAGGAGGGGUUUGCAGAAAUAGGCAAAUAGCAGAGGAAGAUGCCUGAAAGUUGCUGAUCAAAGAGUACCCUAAAACACUUCUUCAAGUUUCACCAUACAAAUCUUUGACUCGAAACCAUAUGUAAUACUAAUUUUGCUAUGUGCAAAGAUGGCAAAAAUAUUAUUUCAGGUUGUCCUGCCCAAAUAAUUUAGUCAAAUCUCUUAAAAUGCAUCUACAGAACAAGAAAUUUAUUUGCUGGCUUUUAAUUCUGUUGGUUUACUUUCUACAGAUUCAGCCAUCUAGGGAAUGCUGCAAUUAAAGACAUUGUGGUUCUGUUCAGAUGCUAAUUAUUAAGAACACAAGCUGAAAAGGGGUUAACGGAGUCCAUGUUCUCUUUUAGAUGUCUCUGCUCAGAUUGGUUUAACUGGUUGUCAAGUUUCAUAGUAAUUCUUGUAAAAGUGACAAAAGUUUUUGACUUAAACAUUUGGGAGACUCGUGUGCAAUUGGGAAGGCACUGGUUUGUCCUCAUUCCAGAAAUGCCUGUAAUGCAGUAGCAUAUACUCAACGGGAUGCUAAAUCAUAAAUUACAGUAGAAAUCAUGACAUAGUCUAAUUCACAUGGUGAAGCGAGAUUUGAAUUUGUUCAUAUUUCUGAGUUGCCCCUUAAUAGUACUAAAGUUGUGCUAGUAUUAUGUUAAAAAAAGCAGUACUAAUCUGGAAAGUUGCCUAUUCUUACUGCUUUAUGACUUCUUCCUAAAAACUGUAUUUUUGUGUGUGUACACUUCUGGAUGAAUUAUCUCAAGGUGUAGCUAAGUGACUAACAGAGCAGAGGGUGAGAACUUAAGACUGAAAAUCUAAAAAUUUGUUGACAUCUGUUGGAAAUAAUAGCUUUCAGAGAAGCUUGCUGUUUCUCUCAUUGGCAGAUUUAAGCAGAGGCAACACUUUUUUCAGGUCCUGCCAGGUUGUUUUUCUUGUUCUUUUAGGGGACAGCCUUCUUUACAUCUCCAGCUCACAGAUACAGAGCAUACUUGUAAAGAUGAUGGUUUUGAAGCUUUUUAAAUUAUUACACAGAACCCGGCAAGAAGUUUUUAAAAAUGAUACCAGAGCCCUUGAAGCUGCAAGGCAAAAGAUAAAUGAAGAAUUCAAAAAUAACCAAGAUGAGACAUCUGAAGAGAAGAUAAACGAGCUUCUGAAGAUAGCUUCAGAUGUUGAAGUAAUUCUCAGAACUUCUGUUAUUCAGGCAGUUCACACAGAUUCCGACAAAAUAUUGCUCAUACCCAGGAAAGAUCUGCUACAAGACAACACUCCUUACUUGGAUAAACCAACAAAACAGCAUGAAUCCUGAGGAAAAUAUGCCCCUCUCCCCAGAAGGUUAAUAUGCUGUAAUGAGAUCUCUGAAAAGCAGUAGUAGAUACCUGUUUUAAAGCUAAAUUUUAAAACCAGUUAAAUAUUGUUAUCAUGAAAACAGAGACUAAACCCAAGUCACCGAUUUUAUUGUGUGCUGUGAUACCAUCAUGCGCAUCUUCAAUGGAAGAUACUGAUACUUCCAUGGAAAGUCAAGAUGCACAGUUGUCUUAAAAAUAAGAGAAUUGCUGAAUUGUGCCAUUUCAGCCAGGAAUGUUUGUAAUUAUGACAGUUGUCAGACAGAUUGUUUCCUAUCAAUCCAGAGUUUUUAAAAACUAAAUACAAGCUAAAUGCAGUUCAUAAUCCUAAUAAUAUUUGGGUUUAAGUUUAUUGUCAAUCAUAUCGCUGCUUUGAAGUAAUGAAAAACUGUGUUGUGGCACAUACACCAUUAAAUUUAUGCUUUGAACCAAA